AUGCCCUCCAUCGACGAGGCUAUGGCGCGGAGCCUCAAGGGCAGCGCCUGGGAAAUCGUCAAAGACAAGUUCGCCCGGACUAUUGUAGCCCAUCUUGAGCGAAGAGACAUGAUCGCCGAUGCCGCCCAGUCCACCGAUGCGAUUGCCCAAGGAUCGGAAGAUUUUGCAACUGCUUUCUCGAGUUGGGACAACUGUAUGAAUGUACUAUGGUGCAAGUGGCCAGUAAUUGGUGUCAUGAUUCUUGGAGGUCUCAUUAUCUUCAGUAUUGUGUGGUGCAUCAUCCGAUGCUGUUGCUGCGGUCUUUCCUGCUGCUGUAACUGUUUUCAAUGCCUCAAGUGCUGUGGUAACUGCUGCGGCGCUUGCGACCCUCCUCGUAGUGCUACGAAGCACCUCGACGACCCAUAUGCUCCCCAAAGUCAACACCAUGGAUACCGAAAUGAGCCUCCGAUGAAUCCCUCGAUGAAUCCCUCGAUGAAUCCCUCAGUACCGCAGUAUGGAAUCACCAAGCCUGUUCGAAACGAACCACCUCAGUAUGCCGAGUUCGAAACCAGCAAAGGCCGAGAUGAUGACGCCCUGCCCGAAAUGCCCAGCUGGGAGGGUGCCAACAGCAAGAAGGUGGAAGUCCAUACGGAAGCUGUCGAAAUGGAUACUUUGUCGAAGCCACCUCCUAGUCAACAAAGCAGCAUGAUGGGUGGAGUUUCACCAAACAACCUGACUCCCUAUGGUCAGCCACAAAGCAACUCGAGUGGCUACCUAGGCGCUGGCCAAGUUCCUGAUCCCUACUCACCUCUCGACCAACAAGGCGGCUACGGUUACCAGGCUCCUGGAAUGAACCAAGGUUAUGGUGGUGCCAUUGCUGCUGCGCCCCUGCCACACGAGCGUCGUUCACCAGCUUUGAACCAAAAUGGAUAUGCUCAGAACCAGGGCUACGGUCACGACCAAGGAUUUGGACAAGGCGCAGGAUAUGGUCAGAUGCAAGGUUACGGACAGACACAAGGCUACGGCCAGAACACUUCACCCCAUGAUUAUGCAGCAAACCUUGGUGGAUACCGAGGAAGUCCUUCGCCGCGCCCUGCCAGUCUCGUCAAAAGAACCUCUAUCCACCAAGAUGAGUUCGGCUCUUAUGGACAGCUUCCUCCCCGCCGAUCUCCAGCUAUUCCUGAGAACUACGGUUACGGAUCGCCUGUUCGCCAAUCACCUGGUCCUCAGAACGAUUUUGGCUAUGCCCAGCCACCCCGUCAGUCUCCGGCUCCCAUGAACAAUUACUAUGCGCCUCCUCCGGGUCCUGAAGCCAGCUACAAUGCUCGUCCUGUACCCCAGAGGCAACACAUGCCUGAAUCUCAGUCACCAGUUCAUCAUAACGCAGGUUUCGAUUCAGGAUUUGCGAGACCUCCUUCGCCCCAGCAGCCCUACCCAGGUUUCAAGCCAUACCAGCCAUAA